CAUAUUUGCCACCCCACAGCCAGCGUUGCGACAGAGACGGAGACUUCUCACGACAUGAAUGUUGAAAAUAAUCAUACGGCAGAAAAAACGAGACAACAAACGGAGGACGGCAACAGAACUAUCACCAUACACACUACUCUCGGCGAUGAAGAUGAAGACGUGCAUAAAUGUGGACGCUGUCAAAGCGAGUUUUCCACCUUGGACGCUUUCAUCCAGCACAAGCUGCAUCAGAGCUGCAGACGUGAGGCGAGCUGCCAGGGUGAAGACCAAGUGGUUGACACUACCAAAGGUGGCCCCCAAGAGGUGAAAACAGGACAAGAAGUAGUCCCAAGUGAGCCAGAUAACAAUGAAGGCGGCGCCGCCUUGGGUCGUGGCUGCAGGAAGAAAACGACAACUCUAAAAGCAUCCGAAUCAUCAGAAAAGCCUGAAGGCCCUGUUUGUGACAAUGCUGACAGCGACAAGCUUGUUUACAAAGUCAACCUAGAGGGGCGCUACAUUUGCCAGCUUUGCGAAAAGACAUUUAAAACGGGCAACAUCUUGAAAACUCACAUGAAGACUCAUAGCGACCAGAAGAACUUUACAUGUGAGCUGUGCAGCGCCUCCUUCCGCACCAAAGGCUCCCUGAGUCGUCACAACCGCCGUCACUCUGAUGAGCGGCCGUACCAGUGCACGCUUUGCGGCCAGUCAUUCAGAGAGUCGGGAGCCCUCACCAGACACCUUAAGUCCCUCACUCCUUGCACGGAGAAGAUUCGCUUUGUUCAGUACAAGGAGAUACUUGUCAGCAAGGAUGGAUUGAAGAAAGGAGUGGAAGGUGAAACUGCAGCACUGGCCGAGCAGCAGGAGGUGGUCGUGGUGGAAGAGCAGCCACAGGAGGAGCAGGUUGUGGAGGCUCAGACAGCCGUCGUCAGUUUGGUGGAGCCGGGUUCCCCGGAGAUCAUCCACCAGGUUCACUUCACCAUGGAGGUAGACGGCACCACGCAGGAGCAACAGGUGAUGGUGGAGCAGUCGCAGGCAGAAGCUCUUGCGGCCGCUGCAGCAGCGGGCGACAGCCUCAUUUGCCAGGCCAUUCUCAACUCCGGCAUCGCUUUGAGAACAGAGGAAGUGGCGCAAACUCCACAUGCAACAGAGGAGCUGGAGAAAAUGGUUGUGGAGUGUCCUGAAGCUGAGGGUGCCGAAAUCCAAGUUAAAGAGGAGUUUGUGGAAAUGGUGACCGAGGAAGCAGCUCAGACAUUCUCAAAAAUGUACACAUGUCCGCACUGCAGUCGCUCCUUUAAGGGCUUGAACUACUUCCGCUUUCAUGUCAAAGGUCAUUCAGGUUACAAGCCCUUUAAGUGCACCCUCUGCCAGAGGGACUUCCUGAGCGGGUACCUGCUGAAGAAACACAUGGACGUCCACGUCAGUGAAAGGCGGUACAAGUGCGGGGAAUGUGGCAAGCUAUAUAAAACCGUCGGACAUGUCCGGGAACAUAUGAAGGCCCACUCGGAUGAAAGGCCCUACCACUGUGCGAGAUGCAUGAAAGGAUACAAAACCAAGAAUGCUCUGCAGGUGCAUCAGCGCACCCAUGGUGAGGAGAAACCAUAUGUGUGUCAGUUCUGCUUAAGAGGCUUCAGAGAGAAAGGUUCCCUGGUUCGACACACUCGCCACCACACUGGCGAGAAGCCCUUUAAGUGUCCGAAAUGCGGACGGGGCUUCGCCGAGCACGGCACUCUCAAUCGCCACAUGCGUGCUAAAGGAGGCUGCCAUAAGGAAGAAUCUAGCAAGCAUCAGGAGGAGGUCACAGAGGAGCAGGCUCCUGCAGAUAACCUGGCCACUGCUGCCAUCAUCGCAGAAGACCCUCAUGCUGUGCUGGUGGAAUUCUCUUCUGUUGUAGCAGACACACAGGAGUACAUCAUCAAAACUCAAACAGAAGAGGAAGUGCAGGAAGAAAAGGUCACACUCAUUCAGGACAGCCAAAAUGAGAUGGGCAACCACAUUAUGAAAGUGGUGCAGCGCAUCGUCAGCCAGUCCCACAGCGCAGGCGGCACAGGGAGCCACCAGAUCAUCGUACGCAACACGGUCACCGACGAGGAGGGCGCAUCUAUCACCGACUGCGGUGACACCAUCACCAUCGCCACGCCCGAGAGCCUUACGGAACAGGUGGCCAUGACUCUUGCCUCGGCCAUCAGCGAUGGCACGCUGCUGGCAGAGGCCAUUGAGACUACGGAGGAGACGGUUGCUGUGGUUACCACAGGGGAAGCGGUCGAGGCGGAGGAAAUACAGCUGGUGCAGCAGCAGGAGGAGUACGUCAUCACCACGCCCCAGGAGGUGGAGAUUCAGACUGUCAUUGUGUGAUUGAAGAGGACGUCAAUCUAUUACUACACUAAGAAAACAGGAAAACAUCAAAGCACAAAAGGUUUUUCAUAAAUCCCGUCAAAUUUGUUGUACUUUUUAACAAAUUCUGCCGUUACUGUCCAAAACCUCAACAUUCCGGUGAUAUCAGAGUCUGAUCUUUAACCUCUUAAGUUUUGCCAAGGAUGUUUUCAUGCCACACUUUAGGUCAAAAUUGCAAACCGCUUUGCCAAAUAAAUAUUUUCUUAUAAAAUGA